GACCGACAUUCCCUCUUCCUCUUUUCCUCUCCCUCUUCGCUCUUUCACGAUCUGGUCUCUACACAGUUACGGAUCAGUUGUUCCCCUCGCCAUGCUCAACCCCGCGCAGAUAGCACACGGACCUAUGCUCAUCGGUACAUUCCUCAACGUGCUGCUAUACGGUAUAUCCAUCACGCAGACAUAUCUGUAUUGGAAUGGCUACAAGCGCAAGGAUCCCCUGGUAAUCCGGCUCUUUGUGAUCUUCCUCUUCGUAGCCGACACCGCUCACACGGCGUUCACGAUGGCGUAUAUGUAUAUCUGUUUGGUUAACCAUUACGGUAACCCGUUGUACCUCGCCAACGCCAACUGGGUGUUCUCGGCUGACCCGGCCCUAACUGGCAUCAUCGGCGGCAGCGUGCAGAUAUUCUUUAGCUGGCGUGUCAAGAUACUCACUGGUCACUCCCUCCUCGCCGGCACCAUCGCCACUUCUUCCUGUGCCUCUCUUCUAUGCGGCAUCGCCACGGCCAUAGCAUGCGGUUUCGUGCCCGCAUUCGCGCAAUUUCAGAGGUUCAAGGUUGUCGUUAUCAUUUGGCUCGCCGCUUCCUCACUUUCUGAUAUCCUCAUAACGGGGAGUCUGGUGAAUCAUCUGCGAAGUCACAAGACGGGCUUUAGGACCACGGAUACACAUGUCGACAGGAUAAUACGGUUGACCGUACAAACGGGUCUGAUCACUUCCUUAUGGGCUCUUGCCGAUAUGCUUUUGUAUCUCCUCGACCCCGCUGGCUGGCACCUCAUGCUCAACUUUGCGCUCUCCAAGCUCUACACCAAUUCCCUCAUGUCGAGCCUGAACAGCCGCAAGGGGUGGCACUACUCCGACAGUCGCACAUCCGGCGCUUCAGGGCAGCCAUCCGGCCAACGAAUGCGCAAGCACGACAUCGUUACAGUCGGCGGGGGCCGCGCGGAGGUGUUCGUGCAGGUCGAGUCGCACGAGAUGGUCGACGAGGGGAAGACGAUUGCGCUCGGAGACCGCGUGACCUACGGUGGCGCGUCGCGAUGGGGAGACGGAGAAGCUGGCAGGAAGGGAACGGACGAGACCGUCUAAUGGGAAUUGUCGAACGUCUAGACGCCACCGACGGCUGCGAAACCCUGAAGGAGUCUUUCGGGGCGGGGGCGCGGCGCUCCGCGCGCCUCUCAACGGCGACGACGUGCGAUCAUCGGGGCGCGCCGCGCGAAGUCGAUGAUCUACAUUGUCUGCGGGAGAGACUGCACGCGGGCGUGGCAUCCGGUACUGUAUUGUAUGAGGACGAUCCUCCUCUGCCCGGGCGACCUAUAGGGGUCGUGCUGUCGGCGCGGGGUUCAUGACUGUCAUAAUCUUGCUUGUGGCGCAUCAACAUUGGACAGGGAUUGGUGCUGCCAAUGACUGUGGUGUCUGUCGUAGCCUGUGACUGUAUUUUGACGCCUAUUGUAUAUGUUAGCGUGCGCAGCACACGCCGAAUGUCCGUGUUAGCGAAGUGCCAUGUUGAAAA